AUUCUCCAAACAUGCAGCACUAUCAAAUCCCAGCAUUCUCAUGGCUUUAAAAAACCAUAUCUAUCUCCUUCUCUUAUUAUCAACUAUUUCCAGUUGUUUAAAGCUGUCUUCAUCUGUUUUAGACGCAGAAACAGAUUAUAACAAAUGGGUAUCUUGGAACAUUGAUCAUCACCGGAGGAAGGCGAUCCUCGAAGCCAAACCAACCACUCAGCCAUCUGCAGGGAUUAGUACUGGUGGAAAAGCUAACCUUGAUGACAAGUUAAGGAAAGCUGAGAUGCACAAUGUGUCAAUAACAGUUAACCAGAAUGGGACUGGCGAUUUCAAGACCAUAACGGAAGCUCUUAAAAGCAUUCCUCCAUACAACACCAGGAGAGUUAUAAUAGCCAUCAAACCAGGCGUGUACAGAGAAAAGAUUGCCAUCCCAAGAACAUUGCCCUUCAUUACAUUUAUGGGGGAUUCAAGUGAUCCACCAAUUAUUACUGGCAAUGAUACUGCAUCAUCAGUCUCUGGAAAAGAUGGGAUGCCAUUGAGGACGUUUCAGAGUGCAACUGUUGCUGUUGAUGCAGAUUAUUUUAUAGCCAUCAACGUUAAAUUUGAGAACACAGCUCCGCACGAGAUAGGGUCCAAAGGAGGACAAGCCGUGGCACUUCGAAUAUCAGGGACAAAGGCAGCAUUUUACAACUGCAGCUUUCAUGGGAGCCAAGACACUCUUUACGAUCACAAGGGACUUCACUAUUUCAACAACUGUUUCAUCCAGGGCUCUGUGGAUUUCAUCUUUGGCUCUGGAAGGUCUCUCUACGAGAAUUGCCAUUUAAACUCCAUAUCCAAGAAGGUGGCAUCUCUCACUGCUCAAAAACGCAGCAAUUUGUCAUUGGAAAGUGGGUUUUCAUUCAAAGACUGUGUAGUGACAGGGAGUGGAUUGGUCUACCUAGGCAGAGCUUGGGGUGAUUAUUCCAGGGUUGUCUUCUCUUACACUUUCAUGGACAAGGUUGUUCUUCCUCAAGGUUGGAAUGACUGGGGCGACCAAAAGCGUGACACGAGAGUGUUUUAUGCAGAGUACAAGUGCAGUGGACCUGGAGCCAACUUCACAGGAAGGGUUCCAUGGGCACGAGUUCUCACAGAUGAAGAGGCUGUGCCUUUUAUAGGGACUUACUAUGUUGACGGAGAUACCUGGCUUAUUACACCAUGACAACUCCAUUUCCCAUGUAUUUUAUACUUAUUUUGGUAUAUCCAAAAGAAGAUUUAGAAUAUUGUGCAGGUAUUCUAAAAAUUAAAUAAAAAAUUACCUAAAAUGGAAUACUCAUUUAUUUCUAUUAUAAUAAUGAAAAUAAGUUCGCACCA